CGUUCCCUUCCCGUGCGCCAUGUUGUCGGGUUGAACCCUCUGUCUUUUUUUGUUUAAUAAUGAGUGCGUCCAGGGUGUCCAAUGUGUCCUUCCACGUCUCCAACCUGUUGGACAAGAUGACGUCAUCCGACAAAGACUUUCGCUUCAUGGCCACCAACGACCUGAUGCUGGAGCUGCAGAAGGACAGCGUGAAGCUGGACGAGGACAGCGAGAUGAAGGUGGUGACGAUGGUCCUCCGACUGCUGGAGGACAAGAACGGGGAGGUCCAGAACCUGGCUGUCAGAUGCCUGGCCCCUCUGGUGAGCAAGGUGAAGGAGCCUCAGGUGGAGAUGAUGGUGGACACGCUGUGUUCCAACAUGACGUCGGACAAGGAGCCGCUGAGGGACAUCUCCAGCAUGGGACUGAAGACGGUGAUUGCUGAGCUGCCUCUGUCUUCAUCAGGUUUGAGCCUGACGGUCAGCGUGUGCAAGAAGAUCACCUCCCAGAUGAUCGCUGCGCUGGAGAAACAAGAAGACGCAUCGCUUCAGCUGGAGGCUCUGGACAUCCUGUCGGACAUGUUGGAAAGGCUGAGUGGUGUACUGGUCAGUUUCCACAGCUCUCUGCUCUCCAGUCUGCUGCUUCAGUUGACCAGCUCCAGGAUGGCGGUAAGGAAGCGGUCCAUCUUGGCUCUUGGCCACCUGGUGCCCUGCUGUAGCCCCGCCCUCUUCUCCCAGCUGACUGAACACCUGAUGACAGAGUUGGCCAAAGACCCGCCCACUUCGAUGACGAGGACAUAUAUCCAGUGUCUAGCAACCAUCAGCCGUCAGGGAGGCCACCAAGUCGGGGAACAUCUAGAGAAGCUGAUCCCGAUGGUGGUGAGGUUCAUCUGUGUGGAGGACGACGAGCUGAUAGAGAAUUGUUUCCAGGCUUUUGAAGCCUUCAUACGCAGAAGAGGAAGAACUGUGCCCCUCAUUGUGAAGGCUCUUCACAGACAGCUGAAGGAGAAGAGCAUCAAACACCGUCAUGGCUGCUUCACUCUGCUCACUGACCUCAGCCACACAGCCCCUGGAGCGCUGGAGACACACAUACCUGCUCUGAUACCAGGCAUCAUCUUCUCUCUGACAGACUGCUCCACCUCCUCCACCAUGAGGAUCGAUGCUCUUUCCUUCUUCCAUGUUCUCCUCCUCUCUCAUCCUCCUCAAGUCUUUCAGCCUCACAUGAGGGUGCUGCUGCCCCCGGUGGUGGCCUGUGUGGAGGACUCCUUCUACAAGAUCACCUCUGAGGCUCUGCUCGUUGCUCAGCAGCUGGUCCGAGUGAUGAUGGCGCCGGCACAGAGCUCCACGCCGUCACAAAUCGACCCCGCCGCCUUCGUCAGGCAGGUGUUUCCCAUCAUCCUCAGGAGGCUGAAAGCCACCGACAUUGACCAGGAGGUGAAGGAGAGGGCCAUUUCCUGUACAGGUCACCUGGUGUGUCACCUGGGCGACCACCUGGGGGCGGAGCUCCCGGGCGUCCUAGCCAUCUUCCUCGAGAGGUUGAGGAACGAGAUCACGAGGCUGACAACCGUCCGCACCAUCACACUAAUCUCCGCCUCACCUUUAAAGAUCCACCUGGCCUCCAUCCUCCCGGAGACGCUGUCCAUUCUGGGGUCCUUCCUGAGGAAGAACCAGCGAGUCCUGAAGCUGGCCGCGCUGGCCUGUCUGACCGCGCUGGUCGAGCACCACGCCGCCGCCAUUGAACCUGCGGCGCUGGAGCCCGUCCUGAGCGAGCUGCCGGCGCUGCUGGACGAGAGCGACAUGCACGUGUCACAGGUGUCCAUCUUUCUGCUGACCUCCAUGUCCAGAGCCUGCUCCUCCUCCGUGGCUAAGAUCUGCUCCUCCGUGCUGCCAGGUGUCUUCAGACUGGUCCAUUCUCCUCUGCUGCAGGGAGGUGCACUGGCAGCUAUACUGGACUUCCUGCAGGCACUGGUCCAGUCCAAAGCCAGUAACCUGGGCUACAGUCAGUUGCUGAAGUCCCUCACAGACCCAUUCCACACCUCCCAGUCCUCGCUCCUCCACAAACAGUCGUACCAGUCUGUAGCUCGUUGUGUAGCUGCUCUCGCCUCCUCCUGUCCUUCACAGACACCGGCCAUGGUGUCCGGACUCCUGCAGGAGGCGAAGAACCCAGGUUCUCCUGAGUCUGCUCGGGUCCUGGCUCUGCUGUGUCUGGGGGAGGUGGGGAGGAGCGGCAGCCUGGGGGCAAGUAAGGAGGUGCAGGGAGUCAUCCUGGAGGCCAUCUCCUCCGCCAACGAGGAGGUGAAGACGGCGGCCUCCUGCGCGUUAGGCAGCAUGGCGGUCGGCAGCCUGAACGACUACCUGCCCUUCCUUCUGAAGGAGAUCUCCUCCCAGCCCAGGAGACAGUACCUCCUGCUGCACUCCCUCAAGGAGGUCAUCAGCGCCUGUCCAGCCUCCAGCCUGUCCCCCCACGUGGAGCCCAUCUGGACUCUGCUCUUCCAGUACUGUGAGUGUGAUGAGGAGGGGACCCGAAACCUGGUGGCCGAGUGUCUCGGGAAGCUGACUCUGGUGAAGGCUGCUCAGCUGCUACCGAGGCUGAGGCAGCACAUCACUGCAGGUUCUCCUCUGACUCGCAGCACCGUGCUGACGGCCGUUAAGUUCACCAUCGUAGACCAACCGGCCGCCAUCGACGCGCUGCUGAGGGACUGCAUGGGUGACUUCUUGAAGACGUUGCAAGACGAGGACAUCAAUGUCCGCCGCGUCUCCUUGGUGAUGUUCAACUCCGCUGUCCACAACAAGCCGUCUCUGAUCCGCGGUCUCCUAGCAACCGUGCUGCCUCACCUGUACCGGGAGACCCGGAUCAGGAAGGACCUCAUCAGAGAGGUGGAGAUGGGUCCCUUUAAGCACUCGGUGGAUGAGGGGCUGGACCUGCGUAAAGCGGCAUUCGAGGUCAUGUACUCGCUGCUGGACGGCUCUCUGGAGGGUCUGGACCUCCUGCUGUUUCUGGACCACGUGGAGGAAGGCCUGAAGGACCACUACGACAUCAGGAUGCUAACCUUCCUGAUGCUAGCCAGAUUAGCUUCUCUUUGUCCGGCUGCUGUUCUCCAACGUCUGGACCGACUCAUCGAGCCUCUGAAGGCCACCUGCACCACCAAGGUGAAGGCCGGCUCCGUGAAGCAGGAGUUCGAGAAGCAGGAGGAGCUGCGGCGCUCGGCCAUGCGCGCCGUCGCUGCCCUGCUGGCCGUGCCCGGCGUGGAGCGCAGCCCCAGCGCGGCGGACUUCGCCAACCAGAUCAGAGCCAACGCCGACAUGGCGUCCAUCUACCAGAGCGUCCAGGGGGGGGAAGGGGGGCAGGGCCCUGUGGAGAGCAUGGACCUCAGCUAAAAUCAUAAGCCGUUUAUUGACACGUGUGGUGCACAUUCAGGAAUUUGUUUCUGUGAUUGGUGCAGUUUUACGAGACAAAUAGAAUAAUAAAAAUAAAAGAAUAAAAUAGAAUAAAAGUGGUUUAUCUUUGGUAUAAAGCAUCUCUUAGAAGAGGGGGGGUAUGUUCUGUAAAGGCCACUGUAGUUCUCUCCAGUGUCCCGAUAGAGGACACUAAGUCCUGCCCACUGUCUCUCUUAGGACGAGCACUCUGUGGACUUCUCCUUGUUUGGUUGAGCUCACAUGAAAUAAAGACGAUGUCCUGCUGUGGUGUUUCUCCAUGUGAUGAAAACAUGAACGUCUUCAUCUUUUACUCAAGAAUGUGACACUUAACUCAUAUAGACCGUGACCUGAAGUAGUUGAAUCUGACGGUUAUUUGAAGGUUUGACUAAAUGUGAAGGCCAAUGGGCAGAUGUUUAAACACAAACGGGUCUCUUUUAGGAAGGAGAGAAUUAGUUGGGUGUCAUUGGCGUAGCUGUGGUAGGAGAAACCAUACCAACGAAUGACAGAGCAGAGAGAGUUGGGGUAGAUAGAGAAGAGGAGGGGACCCAGGACGGAGCCCUAAGGAACUGCAGUAGUAAGAGGAGAAGGUUCCUACACAGAUCCUCUCCAGUUUACCCGGUAGGUCCGUCCAUCAAGGUAGGACGAAAGAAGGGAGAAAGCAGAGCCUGAGACACCAAGUUCCUGGAGGUUGUUACGAAGGAGAAUUGGUUAAAAAUGCACAUUCAAUAGUUUUGGACAGAAAGAGAAGAAGAGAGACCGGUCUGUGGUUGUUUUCAUCACAAGGGUUGAGGGUGGAUUUCCUCAGGAGUGGGUUUAUAAUAAUAAUAACUUGUAAAAAUAAUCUCUUUUUUGUGGCUCAAGGUGGGGCCACACCUGAGGUUGGUCAGAUUGUUGGUCAGAUUGUUGGUCACAUCUAGGGUACAUCCACAAGUUUAUUGUUUCUGCAUCCUUUCAGGUGCAUCACCUUUGCCUGGAGAUCAAAGAGAAAAGUCCACAGCAGAUUCUGAAUCAUUAUCAGGACACACAUUCUGGGUCCUACUGUCAUCAGAGAUUUGGGUUUACAUUUUGCUAUUUUACCAUAUUUCAGUAAUAAGUUGCGCUCCAUGUGGAGCUUUACAGCCACACAUGUGAUGUUAUAACUGAGAACGUCACAUAGUGUAGUAUAUACAGGAUGGCGGUCUGAGAGCAUGUAAUGGACUAUAAAAUGGGUGACUUUAGUGCUGCAUUUGAUGUA